GAUCACCGCCCGCUGGAGCGGGGGCGGGCCGGGGGCUGCCGGGUGACAGUGGCCCCGGUGGGCUCCUGCGCCACGCUGGUGACCGAGCGCAUGGCCCAGGGGCCCCCGGGCGUGCUGGACAGGCUGGCGGCGGCGCUGCUGCGCGGCACCAUCUUGCUGGACUGCAUCAACCUGAGCCCUGCUGCUGGGAAGGCGACCCCCAGGGACGUGGCCUGCGUGGCACUGCUGGAGGCAAAGUUCCCAGAGCUGCCAGCCAGGGAUGAGGUCUUUGAAGCCCUUCAGACAGCCAAGUUUGAUGUCUCAGGGCUGACCACAGAGCAGAUGCUGCGGAAGGACCUCAAGGUGGUCUCUGAUGGUGACCUGGUCCUGGCCAUCAGUGGCAUCUACCUGACCCUGGAGGCCUUCCUACGCCAGCCCAACCUGCUGCAGGACCUGGAAGCUUUCUGCCAGGCUCGGGGCUACGCAGGGCUGGUGGCCAUGCACAUCUCCUACAGCCAGCAGCAGGAGCCCUGCAGGCAGCUGGCAGUGUACAGCCAGCAGGAGAGCCUGCGCUGCACGCUGUGCCAGGCCCUGGAGGAUGCCAGGACCCCCUCCCUGCAGCUGCAGCCUCUGCCCAGCCCCUGGCCCUGCCUGGCUACCUAUGCCCAGGGCAACUCUUUGGCAACACGGAAGAAAGUUCUGCCCAUCCUGAGGGCAGCCCUGGCAGGGCAGGGGACUGCUGGGGGGCCUGAGGAAGAGGUGAUGCCACCACCCACCCCCAUGAACAGCCUGGUGGAGGAGUGCCCCCUGGCACAGGCCGUGCCCCCCCUCUGUCCCCAGGACGUGCUGGAGAGGGUCAGCCGCAUCGCCGCCGGGCAGCCGCCUGGCACCCCCGAGUAGGAGAGGCUGCUGGUGGGUUCUGGGGGGGUCAGAGGAGGAGGUUGGGGCCUUGGUGAGGUCCUGGCAGGGUGCCCUGGCACGUAGUUGGGGGGUGGCAGCCACCUUGGUUACAACUCAGGUCCCAGCUGGGGUCAGGUCCCCGUGGCUGUUGAGGUGCCAGCGCCUGGGUGGCACCGCUGGAGGUUGGUUCCCUCAGGGUGGGUUUUGGGGGGCACUGCAGGCAGCACCCACACUGCACCCACUUAACAAAGGCAUGUGGGGGGGGCUACUGAGCUCCUGCUCUUCAUCCUGCCUUGGCUGGGCUGUUGGGGGGACCCUGCUGGUGGGGCAGGAGUGUGCCCAGCCCGGGGCUGGCACUCAGUGCUCCGAGGAUUACAUUUCUCUUUCCUUCCA